CACUCUAUUGGGAAACACUCUCGUCUGUCUGGCUGUUAUCAAGUUCAGGCACCUGAGGUCGAAAGUCACCAAUUUUUUCGUCAUAUCGCUGGCGGUCUCCGACCUUUUCGUGGCCGUUCUGGUGAUGCCCUGGAAAGCCUUAAGCCAGGUGGCUGGUUAUUGGCUGUUCGGCUCCUUCUGCGAUACUUGGAUCGCGUUCGACAUCAUGUGCUCGACCGCCUCCAUCCUCAACCUGUGCAUCAUCAGCCUGGAUAGGUACUGGGCCAUCGCCAGCCCCUUCAGAUACGAGCGGAAGAUGACCCAGAGGGUGGCUUUCGUCAUGAUCGGGGUGGCCUGGACACUCUCUAUCCUGAUCUCCUUCAUCCCGGUUCAGCUGAAUUGGCACAGGGCCGAGGCAGAUCUGCUUCAAGACUGGGAAGGUAGGAACAACAACUGUGACUCCAGCCUGAACAGGACUUAUGCAAUCUCCUCCUCUCUCAUCAGCUUUUACAUCCCGGUGGUCAUCAUGCUCGGGACCUACACGCGGAUUUACCGCAUCGCCCAGACCCAAAUCCGGAGAAUCUCCUCCCUGGAGAGAGCGGUGGAGCACGCCCAGAGUUGCCAAGAGCAGGCGGCCGAUUGCCCGCACGAAACGGCCCUGAAGACCUCCUUCAAGAAAGAGACCAAGGUGCUCAAGACUCUGUCUAUAAUCAUGGGGGUCUUUGUCUUCUGCUGGCUACCCUUCUUCGUGCUCAACUGCAUGGUCCCUUUCUGCGACCUUCAGCUCUACCAAACCACAGAAUUGCCCUGCGUCAGUGAGAUCACCUUCAACAUCUUUGUGUGGUUCGGCUGGGCCAACUCCUCCCUCAACCCGGUCAUCUACGCCUUCAAUGCCGACUUCAGGAAGGCCUUCACUACUAUCCUGGGCUGCGCUCGCUUCUGCCCCAGUAACGCAGUGGAGGCGGUCAAUUUCAGCAACGAACUGGUAUCCUACCACCACGACACCACACUGCACAAGGACGCCACCGCUACCAUUGUCAACGGCGUCGGACUUCCCGACCAGCUCCUCCACUCCGUCACCGAGCCUGAGGAACACGAGUUGCCCUUCGACAAGGUCUCGAACAUUUCAUCGGCUCAGAGCCCUGGAGAACAGGGAACUCUCCUGCUUCCGGGCGGGGUUCAGUACGAGUGUGAGGCUGAAAUCAGUCUGGAAACCAUUACCGCCCAUUACCGCUGA